AUGGUAGAAGCUGAGGAUAUUCAGCCUCUUGUCUGUGACAAUGGGACAGGAAUGGUUAAGGCUGGAUUUGCUGGAGACGAUGCUCCAAGGGCAAUGUUUCCUAGCAUUAUUGGUCGCCCACGUCACACAGGCGUGAUGGUCUGCAUGGUCCAGAAAGAUGCUAAUGUAGGGGAUGAAGCUCAGUCAAAGCGUGGUUUCCUAACUUUGAAGUAUCCAUUUGAGCAUGGCAUUGUGAACAAUUGGGAUGACAUGGAGAAAAUUUGGCACUAUACCUUCUAUAAUGAACUUCGUGUAGCCCCAGAGGAGCAUCCAAUUCUACUCACUGAAGCUCCUCUCAACCCUAAGGCUAAUAGCGAGAAGAUGACACAGAUUAUGUUCGAGACAUCUAACAGUCAUGUCAUGUAUGUUGCCAUUCAAGCUGUGGUAUUGUCUUGGACUGAGGGGAUGGUGUCAGUCAUACUGUUCCAAUCUAUGAGGAGUAUGCUCUACCCCAUGCUAUCCUUCGUAUAG